AUGCUGCAGCUCAAAGCUCUAAAACAACAAGAUACACAAGAAAGGCAUGCACUAGACGGAAUCAAUAUUACAAAUCAAAUAAGAUUUCGUCGUCUUCAACGUCGUUGCAUUGUCAUUAGCUCUAUUUCUCUUGUCUUGGCAAUCUUUAUAAUAACUUUGUCAUUACUAUUGAAAUUUGUUAUUCUAAAACCAGCGAAGUCAACAACAAGUACAACAAGUACAACGGUGUUAUCGACUUCUACCACGACAACAACUCCAUCACCGACUCCACAAAUAUCUACUACGAUCACAUCGGAGCUUUCAACCACGAUGACAAUAACAUCAACAUCAGCGUUGAUCACAACUACCACUACUCCAAAACCACCAAGUAAGCUUCCACAGACAUAUUUCUGCUUGUUCACUAUAACUUCUCUCUCCUUGUCAAUACUACUGUGAAUAUUUCAAACUCAUUCUUUCCUAGAAUGGUCUCCAACUGCUGACAUGACAGUUGACCGAAGCUCACAUACAGCAUCAUUGCUAGGCAAUGGAAGAGUUU